GGGUGACAAACAAGGGGGUGACUAACGUGUGAUUAGAUUGUAAACAUGUCAGUGACAUUUAACAGCAAGUCAGGGGCGAUUACAGCCGAUGGUUGCGACUUGACGGAUGGAGAAUAUGGAGACAGAUUUCCAAGAUCAGUGUGGUGGAUUGGAGCUGCUGCUGUGUGUCUGGGGCUGCUCUAUCUUCUUCUGCUGGGUAUCAUCUUAGCCAUGGUGGCCCAACAUAUCGGAACAACCCCUCAUAAAGACAUCGAACUGCUGCUCUUUCGUGCCGUUGGGUGUGACAAUUUGACUUCACAAUGUUUGCAGUUGCAAAACAGAUACCACACCUUGCUAGAAAGCAACAACCAGGUAGAGAACAAGCUCUAUUCUCUGACUAAAGAGAAAGACACUGUCACAGGGGAGCGGGAUACCCUUCAAAAUGAGCGAAACACCCUCCGCAGUGAACGUGACACCCUCAAAAAUGAGCAAGAGAGCUUAAGGGCUGAGCGAGACACCCUGCACAAUGCGCAGGAAGCUCUCAAGAAGGAGCGUGACACACUCCAAACAGAACAACAAACUCUCAGAAAUGAGAAAGAAGUCCUCAAAAUUGAGCAACACACAAUCCAAAAUGAGAAAGAAACUCUCCAAAAUGAGAGAGACGCCAUCAUGAGAGAGCGGGACUCUCUAAGAGACGAGCUAGACCGUCUGAAGUUGGUAUCCAGCAAUCUGACCAAAGAGUUGGAGGUCCUCCAGAGCCAAUUCAACACCAUGGUUGAGUUACAUCAGAACAGAACAGAAAAACUUUGUCCAUCGGACUGGGUCAAAUUCCAGGAGAAAUGCUACUACAUCUCUGAGAAAGGAAAAGCUCUUUCUUGGCAAGCAAGUAGAAGUGACUGUCAAGGCAGAGGAGGUGACCUAGCCAUCAUCACCACAAAAGAGGAGCAGGAUUUCAUCACCCCAAAUUACGACAGAAGGUGGAUCGGCCUGUCUGACUUGGAUAGAGAGGGCGAGUGGAAGUGGGUGAACGGAGAUAAUCUGAACUUUAAAGGUUUCUGGCAGAAAGGGCAGCCCAGCAACACAGAUAGAGACGAGGACUGUGCAGAGGUGUCACGUGCAGGAAAUGGAUGGAAUGAUAUGCCUUGUCGCACAAAAUUAUCCUGGGUUUGUGAAGAUUAACAUCUACUUUGUGGGUGUAUUCCCUCAGGCUUAAUUGUGCAGAACAAGUCAUCAUUUUAUAUCUACUGCAUAUCCAUACGCCUUUAUUACAUCAGACAUCUUCACUUUAUUUCAAUUUCUAGAGUAGAACGUAAUCCCUAAAAAAAAUGUUCCAUAGAAAAAUGUUUCCAUAGGAAAUGAUACCUAUGGGUUAUGAUGUCACCAUCAUGAAACAGUGCUAGCUGAAUGCAUGUAAAAAUACUUGUAUUUUGUAAAGUGGAGCAAGAGGGUUGUUGUUGUUAUGUGUCACACUUUUUAACAUCCUUAAACACAGCCAUACAAGUGGAAAAAUAAGUUAAGUCUUCACAAAAGGAUUGCAUGGAGCUGACUUUGCAAGUGUCCAUUCUGGUGCUC